AUGGACCAGAGGGGAUGGCUCUUUGUGGUUGUGGCGCUGUUCAAAGCCAUCCCUCCUUCAGAAAAAUCUGACGUCAUCUCUCCCCAGCACGUGGUGAGCUUUGUUGGCCAGGACACUCUGCUCCCUUGCCACGUCUCUGCCACAAAGGCACUGGACAUCGUGGCAGUGGAGUGGAGGAAAAUCAUGGAUGGGCAUUUAGAAGACAUCCACAGCUACAGGCAGCCUGGUGACAAAGCAGCACAGGGAAACCUCGGGCGGACAUGGCUGGAAAGGUCUGGGAUUGCCACUGGGAAUGUGUCCCUGGUGUUGAGGAAGGUGCAGCCAGCAGAUGAAGGAAUGUACCUGUGUGUUGUGAGAUCCAAGGACUGGAGUGCUGAGACAGACACCAUGCUCAGCAUUGCAGGCACUGGUGAAGUAUCCAUUGAGAUACUGGUCCCACAGGGGCAAGGGCUGGAGCUCAUCUGCAGAUCCCAUGGAUGGUUCCCCAAACCUACUGUCCAGUGGGUUGCUGAAAGUGGGCAGAGCCUGUCCCCAGACACUGCAAUGCACCAGGACAGCAACCAACUCUUCAGUGUGCUGAGCCGAGUCACAGUCACGGGGGAAGAAGUGGGAGAAGUCACUUGUCAGAUCCUCAACCCUCUGGUGCAGGCUGAGAAGAACUCAACUGUGCUUCUCUCCAGUGACUCACAGUGGCACAAGAAGAAGUCUUUGCUCUCCACAAAGCAGAAGGCUCUUCAGAAGCCAUCCCAUGGAGAAGAGGUUUUCAAGGAGCAUGGAAGUACAACGGAGGAAGGUAGCAGAAGGGCUCUGGAAUGUGAGCAGCAGCAGCAGCAGGACCUCCAGCAGCUCUCCCAGCAGAUGGAAACUCUACAGAGAGCUUUUCAGACCUUGCAGGAGUCUGCCCAGCUUGAGCUUCAGCUCCUCAGAGCAGCUCUGGACACCAAACUAGAGCUCUUCAGAAGCCAACUCUACAAAGGUAAGCAUCAAGGGGACAAUGGAGAUGUCACCCUGGAUGCUGACACAGCUCAUCCCAGACUGCAAAUCUCUGAUGCAGGGAAGAGUGUGAGAGACACUGGGACCAUCAGAGCUGUUGCCAGGAGUGAGCUGAGAUUUGAUUCCCAUCUGUUUGUGCUGGCCAAGGAAGGAUACACAUCUGGCAGACACUACUGGCAAGUGCAUGUUGGCAAGAGGAAAAGCUGGACCUUGGGUGUUGCCCGGGAGUCUGUGACUCGCACAGGGACAUUGACUGUGUCCCCUGAGAAUGGCUUCUGGACCAUAGGGCUUGUGGCUGGGAGAGACUGCUGGGCCUACACGGAGCGCUGGUGCCGCCUGAGUGGGAGUGGGAAGCUGCAGAAGGUUGGGGUCUUCCUGGACAUCUCAGCCAAGAAGCUGUCGUUUUACAACGUCCACAAGGGGGCAGCUCUGUACACUUUCAGCAUUGCUGGGGGCAGCAGGCAGGCAGAGAGGUUUUUUCCUUUCUUCUCAACAGGUUCUGCAGCUGAAAAGCCUGAGGAGGGGCCUCUGAGGAUAGUGGAGGGGUUUGAUGAUGAUGAUGAUGAUGAAUAG